AAUGCCACGGCUUGGCGCUGCUUCACUUUCUCCAAGAGUCCCGUUGCCAUGACAGCUGAGGGCGUGCUGCAGGCGGGGACUGUGACCUCACUGGCCGCGCCGUCCGUCAUUAACCAUGUGAUGCACGCCAGCUACGGAGAGGUGAGUGAACCUGGAGGGACCUAGUCUUAGUGACUUAAAUAGUUUAGUAGUUUGAGGGAUGUUUUGGAAUGAAAUGUCAUUUUCUGUUGCAUUUCAGAAUCCAGAGAGCUUCAUGGUUUGGGAUCACUUCCAGCUCUGUUCAGGUAUGGCCCCUGUCCUUGCUUGAUGAAUAUUAAUACACAAAGAUGCCAUUCAGCCACCAGUCAUGGCCGAUGUUUGUGUCGUGUGAUGUCAUACAGGUGAUCUAGGUCCAGCUGAAGAGUGCAGUGCGCGGGUGGACAUCGAGGUGGACUGUCCAGGGCCCAGUCAUGUGAUCAGGAGCGUCCCCCUCGGAGCCAGGUCUGGAAUAGCCAGAGUACACGCCCCCAAAGGCCUACAG